AUGGUGCACAACCCAAUACCUGUAGGAGCUCUAAGUGCCUGCCUGCUUUCUGUGCAUUGUAUUUUUGAAUUCCCCCAUUCUAGAGAAGACGGAGCUGAGGCACAAGGUCAAACUGCAGGCACGUGGCCACGAGGAUUUGAAAUAUCCAUUUCCCUAGGGAAACGCCCUAUUUUAAGCCUUUCCGAUUCCCGAGGGCAUCCAGCACCCCAGAGCCCAGCGACCCACCCUUUGGGGACAUUUUGGUGGGCCACACCCUUUCUGCUCCAUUCCUUCGAGUCAAGGACCUGGGAGGGGAAUCCGACUGUGUCUAGACUGAAGGCAGGGAGUUCAGGAGAGGCAAGAUACAAAGCUCCGCGUGGCAAGGGGAUCGAGAGGUGCAGCGGAAACCCGAGCCAAGGAGGCCUUGCCCGCUGCCGGGGCGUUACUAGCCUCGAGGCGCAGCGAGCGGUCCGGCUGUUGCAAGCCCCUUGCCGCGCACAAACUGCGCGGAACUGUUUCUCCCGAACAGCCUCAGGACUCGGGUCACGGCGACAGACCGUGGGCGGCCGCGCUAGGUUCGAAAGCCGUUGCCAGCUCCCGGGCGCGGCCACGUGCGCCCCGCCAGGCUUGCACGCUCCACCGCACCGGGCCGCGGGGCCACCAGCAAGCACGCGCGCCCCCAGCCCCCACGCUCAAGUCCACAAGUCCGCCCGCUUCCUGCGCUGCCGCGGCCCUUCCCGGGGCGCCGCCACCGCGGGCUGGGCCAGCGGGUCCCGCCCGCCCGGGCCCUUCCCCAGGUCCCGGUCCCCGUCCCCAAAGGGCGAGUGGGUGGUCGCCCGCGCGAAGCCAAAAAGACAAGCGAAACCUGCGGCAGAUGAAGGCUUUUGGGAUUGUAGCGUCUGCACCUUCCGAAACAGCGCUGAAGCCUUUAAAUGCAGCAUCUGCGAUGUGAGGAAAGGUACCUCCACCAGAAAACCUCGGAUAAAUUCUCAACUGGUUGCACAACAAGUAGCCCAACAGUAUGCUACUCCCCCACCACCUAAAAAGGAGAAAAAAGAGAAAGUUGAAAAACAAGACAAAGAGAAACCUGAGAAAGAGAAGGAAAUUAGUCCUAGUGUCACCAAGAAGAACACCACCAAGAAAACAAAACCAAAGUCUGAUAUUCUGAAAGAUCCUCCUAGCGAAGCAAACAGUAUACAGUCUGCAAAUGCUACCACAAAGACCAGUGAAACAAAUCACACCUCAAGGCCCCGGCUGAAAAACGUGGACCGGAGUACCGCACAGCAGUUGGCAGUAACUGUGGGCAACGUCACCGUCAUUAUCACAGACUUUAAGGAAAAGACUCGCUCCUCGUCAACAUCCUCGUCCACAGUGACCUCCAGUGCAGGGUCAGAACAGCAGAACCAGAGCAGCUCGGGGUCGGAGAGCACAGACAAGGGCUCCUCCCGCUCCUCAACGCCAAAGGGCGAUAUGUCUGCAGUCAAUGAUGAAUCCUUCUGAAAUUGCACAUGGAAUUGUGAGAACUCUGAAUCAGGGUAUGAAAUUCAAAUCCACCACCUGCCCAUGCUGCUUGUACGCCUGGAGAUUCUUCUGUGGACCUCGGCCUCGUAGAGAUGCUACCAGGACCAUUUCUGCUGGCCGUGGGCAUCUGGCCACCAAGGGAUUUCGCACCCUGACGAUUACUCUUGACACUUUUAUGUAUUCCAUUGUUUUAUAUGAUUUUCCUAACAAUCAUUUAUAAUUGGAUGUGCUCCUGAAUCUACUUUUUAUAAAAAAAAAGAAAAAAAAAUCUGCUGUGCACAAUUUUCCAUGUACAUUAGAACUGGGUUUUGUUUUUGUUUUGUUGGAGGGUGGGCUGGGGGGGAGGGAACUUUUAUUUAUUGUGUUCACAAACUCCAUCUUUUCAGUAUAUCCUUAUAAGUUUAGUUCUUUCUUCCAGUUAUACUAUGUACUAUCAGUUUUGAUAUAACUAUAUAUAUAUAUAAAUAUAAAAUUAUAUAUAAAGGGUUAUUUGAAACCAAUCCAUGGCAACGCUGGUGCUUGAUACACUGUGAAGUGAAUACAACUUUGAACAGUCACAGAUCUGGGACAGUCCCUUCUAUGAAAGUGCUGAAAUUAAAUUAAAAUCAGACUUACAUGAAGUAUGUUCCAACUCACAUGGGGAACUUGACCUCUCUCAUCUGUCUUAAAGAGUACUGGACAAUAUAAAAAAUAUAUAUAUAUUUUUAAACAAUGUGAUCUCAAAUUUAAAGACUGCUCCAGAUAGCCUGCAUUUGCAAUGGAAUAACUGAAAAAUCCUAAGUGGUUUAGGGAGGACUUUGAUCUUUCAAAAGUAACUGCACUAGCUCCAGAAUGCCAAGUCUUCAUGUAAAUUACGGUUACGUGGUAACAUUGCUGUUCUUACAUAAGCAUUCAUGAAAUUAUGGUGUUCUGUAACUCGAAUUCCAUCCAUUUUCCAGACCUCUACCAUGUCUGAGAUAAAUCUCUAUACAUUGUCUCUUAGUUUUAGGAUUAAAACAGUCUGCUCUGUGUAUUUUUGGUCCACAGAGGAAGCAAUUACUUGUUUCCACUUUCCAUGUGACAUUGCAGUGGUGGUUUGGUAAUUGAAAUUUGUUUGCCUCAUGUCCCCUCGGCUCACCCCUUCCUUUACCAAUUCACUUGCAAGAAUGAUGUCUUUUUUUUUUCCCUUAAUUUUACUAUUGUUUGUUUAAAUGAAGAAGGGUUAUCGACCACACAUCCGAUCCCAUUGUGGCACUCUUGGUGACUUGGAGACAUUUAUCAUAUCCCUGCUGUGGGAACGAUUCAAGUUGUAACUGGCGUUGGCAUCAUCCAUCAGCCAGAUUUGCAGGGACAGAGCAUGCUGAUGACAAGAGUGUAAUCUUUUUCUUCUGGAUAUAAAGAUAACUUGACUAAACUCUCUCAAGUUUCUUUCCUUUUUGUUUUUUUUUUGUUAAUGUGUUGCAAAAA